AUGGGCUUAUGUAAGUGUGAACGGAGACGGGUAACUAACCUGUUUUGCUUCGAGCACCGGGUCAACGUGUGUGAGUUUUGUUUGGUGGCAAAUCACCACAAGUGCAUUGUUAAAUCCUAUCUUCGAUGGAUAAAAGACAGUGACUUUAACCCAUCAUGUAGCCUUUGUCACGAGCCUUUCGAAGCGGAUCCUUCCAAAAAAUGUAUUCGUUUGGUGUGCCUUGAUGUUUUCCACUGGAAUUGUCUCAAUAAUCAUGUGAUGAGCUUGCCACCAACAACAACCCCAGCAGGUUUUUUGUGCCCGUUGUGUAGCCAACCAAUCAUUCCUCAGGCUAAUCAUGGCGGUCCUAUCGCAGAAGCGCUCAGAUCAUGUUUAAGCGAAGUUGAUUGGGCCAAAGAAAGUUUGAACGAAAUAAGGCCUUUUUUCCAUCUGGAAGGUCAUCCGAAGUCCACGUCAACGCCUAACAUGAACAUUUGUGCUUCAAAUCCAACAGAUGGAAAGCUUUUCAAUUCAUGUCUAGAUGUAGCUGCAAGACAAUUCUUGAAAGGACAUGACGUCACAGAUAUAUUGGAGAGUCCUCAGAGGACAACAGGAUUCCAGAUAGACAAUUCUAAGGACACUAAUACGUAUACUGAUAUUUCCCAGCUACAUUAUCAACGAAGAGAUCAGCCAUCGUUAAACUCCCAGAAGCUGUUCAUGCCUGAAAAUGAUGAUAAUGAUAAGUAUAAACGACAUCUAACAUUGGCAUGGUUCAGACGUUUCCUCCGGAGGCAUUCAUCACACUUUACACGUUUAUCGGUUAUUCGACGAAAUCGUCUUAUUCUAUUAAUUAUGGGUUGUAUAAUAUGUAUCUUCCUACUGGGUUUUUAUGGUUCUCAACCGAAGGAUAUCACUGGUGAUCCAUUAUUAGAUCCUCAUAUGAAUCCAAAUAUUCAUUUUAAUCUGGAACCUAUAGCUUCAGUAAAAGAAGUCUUAAAUAAUAAUCUUAAUAAAGAUAGAGAUAGACGUGUUAUUGAUGGGUUGAAUGAAGCUUAA